GACUUGCAGAGAGCGUGCACACUUUCUCACUUCUCGCACGUUUUGUUCGGGGGGAACAACCAGGGGCUCCAGGGGAUCAGUCAGCGACCCAUUUCACCGCCGACCCUCAAAGAAAGGUACACCCUCAGCACCAUGGUGAACCAGGUCCAGCGGGUGGACGGCAGCUGGCAGACCAGCAAGAGCGAUUCCAGCGGGGCGAGCAACAGCGGCGAGAGCUCUAAGGAGAGUUCCCGGUGCUCCACCCCCUUGCUGGACGCCGACCGCUCGGAUCGGCUGCGGGAGAAGAUGCGCAAGAGGAUGGAGUCGGGAGAUCCCUGGUUCUCACUGGAGUUCUUCCCCCCUCGCACCGCCAGUGGAGCUGUCAAUCUCAUCUCUAGGUUCGACCGCAUGGGCUCCGGGGGGCCCCUGUUCAUCGACAUCACCUGGCACCCGGCGGGAGACCCAGGCUCCAACAAGGAGACGUCCUCCAUGAUGAUCGCCAGCACGGCGGUCAACUACUGCGGCCUGGAGAGUGUCCUGCACCUGACCUGCUCUAACCAGAGCCAGGAGACCAUCACCGGCUACCUGACCAAGGCCAAGCAGCUGGGCCUGAAGAACAUCAUGGCUCUCCGGGGAGACCCAUUGGGAACCGACUGGGAGGACGAGGAGGAGGGCUUCAACUACGCCACUGACCUUGUCAAACACAUCCGCUCCGAGUUCGACGACUACUUCGACAUCUGCGUCGCCGGAUACCCCACAGGCCACCCUGAAGCCCAGAGCUACGCGGAGGACCUGCAGCACCUGAAGGAGAAGGUGGACGCGGGCGCCGACUUCAUCAUCACGCAGCUGUUCUUCCGCGCCGACACCUUCCUCAAGUUCCUGCGGGACUGCCGCGCCAUCGGCAUCACCGUCCCCAUCCUGCCGGGGGUCUUCCCCAUCCAGGGCUACCAGUCGCUGCGCCAGCUGGUGAAACUGUCCAAGCUGGAGGUGCCGGAGGAGAUCAUGGAGGUGAUCGAGCCCAUCAAGGACAACGACGCGGCCAUCCGCAGCUACGGCAUCCACCAGGCGGUGGAGAUGUGCCGCGUGCUGCUGGACAGCGGGGCGGUGCCCGGCCUGCACUUCUACACGCUGAACCGUGAGGUGGCCACCACAGAGGUGCUGCGGCAGCUGGGCCUCUGGAUAGAAGACCCAAGACGGCCUCUUCCCUGGGCCACGAGCGCCAACCCCAAGCGGAAGGUGGAGGACGUGCGGCCCAUCUUCUGGGCCUCCAGACCCAAGAGCUACAUCUACCGCACCCAGGACUGGGACGACUUCCCCAACGGUCGAUGGGGUAACUCUUCGUCCCCGGCGUUCGGCGAGCUGAACGACUACUACCUGUUCUACCUCAAGAGCAAGUCGUCCAAAGACGCCCUGCUGAAGAUGUGGGGCGAGGAGCUGACCAGCGAGACCAGUGUCUUCGAGGUUUUCACCAGCUACAUCACGGCGCAGGUCAACCGCGGCGGGCACAAGGUGAUGUGUCUGCCGUGGAACGACGACGCGUUGGCCACGGAGACCAACCUGCUGAAGGACGAGCUGGAGAAGGUGAACCGCCGGGGUGUCCUGACCAUCAACUCCCAGCCCAACAUCAACGGGAAGCCCUCCUCGGACCCCAUCGCUGGCUGGGGGCCCGCCGGGGGCUAUGUCUUCCAGAAGGCCUACCUGGAGUUCUUCACCUCCAGUGAAAAUGUAACCGCGCUCCUCAAGGUGCUGAAGAAGUACGAGCCCCGCGUCAACUACCACAUCGUCAACGUGCAGGGCCAUAAUAUGACCAACGCCCAGGACAUGCAGCCCAACGCGGUCACCUGGGGGAUCUUCCCAGGGCGGGAGAUCGUCCAGCCCACCGUGGUGGACCCCGUCAGCUUCAUGUACUGGAAGGACGAGGCCUUCGCCCUGUGGAUCGAGCAGUGGGCCAAGCUGUACGAGGACGAGUCGCCCUCGCGCAUGAUCAUCAAGUACAUCCACGACAACUACUUCCUGGUCAACCUGGUGGACAACGACUUCCCGCUGGACAGCUGCCUGUGGCAGGUCCUGGACGACAUGUUUGAGCUGCUGGACGCGCCCCCCGAGGUGGUUGGGGACGGGGCCCUCGCGCCGGUCGCCCUUGGUGACGGGGCUCUCGCGCCGGUCGGCCUUGGAGACGGGGCUCUCGCGCCGGUCGCCCUUGGUGACGGGGCUCUCGCGCCGGUCGGCCUUGGCGACGGGGCCCUCGAGCCUGUGGUCGGCGACGGAGCCCCCCAGCCGCUCUCGGCUUCCCAAUAACGUUGGCACCUUUUCGUUACGUUGCAGCAUUACAUUAUUUAAGUUUUAUGUUACAUUCGCGUGUUUAUACAACCGUUUCUUUUUGUCGGGAAGAAGGCUGGUCGGUGGAGGAACCGUUUUCAUCAUGGCGUUUACUUUGUUCGUGUUUGUUUUCACAGUUUUCUUUUUUAUUUGGGAGGAGACGGGCGCAGUGGUUGUACAACAAUACUGACGGAUCGUUUUCUUUUUUGUGUUUCGUUUUUUUUUUUUUUUUAGCCCAGCCUUCAAUUUGUGCAACGCUCUCAAUGCACGUAGUGCAUAAUAGUUUAGUUGUUCGUGACUAUAUAUAAAUAUAUCUCUAUCGUCUAUUCAAAAAAUAUAUUUUAAGUACCAUGUGAUGGAUUAAAUUGUAUCUCAAAAUGUAAAUAACGCCACAACGGCUCAGCAUCUAAACUUGGCAACGAAACCACAUUCAGAAGGCGCUUUAUUAAUUAGCUUCUACUCAUCUAAGUGUCAUUUUAAAGCUUGACAUUUAAAUAAGCUUAAACCAAGGGAUAACUUAAUGACAUCAAUCAGAUCAACCAUAUAUAUCUUUUUGUAAAGGUUUACAGAUGGUUUGAUGAGCUAAGACGCACUCCAUUUGUGAGGGAGGCAGGUUGAUGUCCUCGUAGGUUAUUUCACCCCCAAUAAUGUUUUGCUGUAAAGAAACUUUAAGUACUAGAGAAAGUGUUUUCUAUUUUGAAAGACCUAAUCAAGCUACAUUUUCAUAUUUGUUUGUUUUUUAUGUAUUUUUAAAAGAUGACUCUGAGGAAAUGCUGUUUAGAUGAUGUUUAAGUGUGUGUACGUCCAGAAAGACUGAACGUUGAGCUGAUUGUUGUUACUAGAAACCAAUUUCUAAAGUUUUUCACUCCAACCUUUAGGACACUAUUGGCAGUUCUUGUAAAGUCUACCAUAGUCAAAACAAGAAUUGAUCGCCUACAGAUGACAAUGUAGGUGAGCCAGUUAGGAAAUGACAAACAUCUAACUACAUUGAGUACGACCACUAAACGACACAACAAAACCCAACACGUACUGAGUGUUUUGGAAAACCAUUUUCUGAUUUGAAUAUGGACGAUGGGACUAAAAGGCCAUCUCAGUAAGGGUAUUCUGCACGGUACUGCCAAGCAGUAGGGCAAGACCAGGGGGAAAUAUGUCCCCUCUAAGACACUGGGACAUUUAUCAUCCCUGUCACCACUUUCCAUCCCUCUCUAAGAGAAGCACCUAUCUAUUGAUAUCAUAAGUCUCUUAUCAACAAGGGUCUAUUUUUUUUUUUUUUAAUUUUCUAGAUGGAAGGAGAGGAGAGAUAAAGGGGAAAGGUGCUAAAUGUCAUCGUUAUCGAGUGGCACAGCAUAUUGACACGCGACAUUUUGAGUGGGUGCCAGUGUGCUUAGUGGGCUUGCUUCAUCACAACUAACACUGCAGAAGGAAUUACCAUCUAAACCUGUUUUGUUUAUUGGACCGCAGGCAGGCUGAUGUAACACUCUGACGUUGAUGUGAAAUGUUGGGAGAGUCACAGCUGGUGCAUGUAUGUGUGGUGGGGGAAGGUGAUGUUUUAUUUUAUUCAAGCAAAAAAAUUAUUGUGGGGGGGGGGGGGGAAUCCGGUCAAUGGCUACCAAUAACGGACCGUCUAUGUGUCCGAGCCCCACUUUCAUGGCAACACCGAACGAUAAUUUUGUUAUUUUUUUAUGUCUAAUGUUAUUUCCGCUGGUGUGUUUGUGUGCGAGAAGAAUUGCUAUAUUGUUGUGUUUUAGGUGGACGACCUGUAAAAAGUCUGUUCACUUUGGGGCGGGGGACAUUUCAUAUAUCUUUAACCGUGUACAAUCUUAACUGUAUGUGGGGGGCAGCUAUAGCCCACUGUGUACUCUCCUCCACUCUAAGAGGACAAUUAUUUAGAGGUAUGCAAAGAAUUUAAAGAUGACAUAUUAUACUACCAAGUGUGUGAGUGAUUAGCCGUUACAUGGCCGAUUUUCAAAACGGCUUGUAACGGCUAAUCACACUCACACCUGGUGAUGUCACCUUUUUUAAGAAUGGAAGAAUAACUAAGUCAUUAGAAUACAAGCAGAACAAACUAUGUGCCUGAGGUAAUAACACGCGAGCAAACGAACAAACACACCACGUUCAAGUCAAGUGAACAGCUAAAUGACCUUUAUAAACCAAUGAUGAACACUGACCUCCAAUCUUUGUUGGUUAAAUCCAAAUGCCCAGGAGAUUUAUCGUUGGUUACAGAAGGCCACAGAUUAUGUGUGUGUGUACUUUAUAUAUUUGAUUAACUAUGCAAAUAAAUAAUAGAAAUUGUGGCCAAAUAUA